AUGUGUCUUGCAACGGUGGGGAUGGCGUUCGGAAAGGGUGAAAUUUUGGAAAAGAGAUUGCGAGGGCAAGUACAUAAUUUUAGGGACCACGUGUCUCCAUGUCUAGUCGUCCAUGGAACCAUGGGAGUGGUGAAGUGCGGGUGUCGAAAUGACGAGAAAAGUCCUUUCAACCUCCUGAAACAACCUGAACUUUCAACAUUCUUAACUUCACCUCAAAUCUUCUGCCGACUACCUUUUUCGCUACUUGCCUGUAGGAACCAUCGACUAAGCCGUUGGGACUCGUUAAGGAGGAAGCAGCUGCGGGGUAAAAGGCCAGGGGGGCAAACAGAAACUGGGGGGCUAAAGAGACAGAUAUUUAUCAUCUUCAUGCUCAGCUCAGCUCACCCUCAUUGGGCUAAAUCGUACGCUGAGGGUGAACCUAAAAUGGCCAUCAAACCCAUUUCUUCAUUUAUGCUAUUGAACUCACGAGGCAACAUAGCAGCAAUAACACGGUCGAGCACGGCGACGCCCACUUCACACACACCGUUAACUCCCAGCAUCUCUACAGUAGCUCUAGUCCAUUGUAUAAUGAAUAUCACAGCAUAUAACUCGUACUCUAAUUACGUACAGAAUAUAGGGUCCAACUUCAAUGGCCGAAAAAUUACGAAACAUCAUUACAAGAAUCGCAUCGAAGGUCAUAAUACAUUACCAAUUUCCGCAUAUUUCACGCAGGUACGGGCAAGCCUUCUACAAUUUAUUCACCACUCCGAAUCCAAGGGAGUGUGGAGAGUCGUCGAUAUUGGGGAAAGCAAAGGUUGCGUAAGCGAAGGGCAUACGGAAAUGGGCAUGACAAUUCAUUGCUAUCUCCUCAAUGAGCGACUGGAUGCGACAAAAUUUAACACGAUAAUGAUGGGGAUGGUGUGUAACCAAUACUAA